AUGGGUGCAAAUAUUUUGUCAGGGAAAAUUCCAUAUAACAUUGGAUAUACCCUUCCAAGCAUCCAAACUUUGAUUAUGGGAGCGAACAAAUUUCAUGGCCAAAUCCCCACUUCACUAGCCAACACAAUGAUUCUUCGGGCAAUUGAUCUCGGUAACAAUUCGUUCCAUGGUAUUGUGCCUUCUCUUGGGACUCUUCCCAAGUUAAUCUACCUGGAUCUCGGUGAAAAUCGUCUGGAAGCAGGAGAUUGGUCUUUCUUAACCUCGUUGACCAAUUGCACCCAGCUGGUGGAAUUAUCCUUAAAUGCAAAUAUCCUUCAAGGAGAUUUGCCGAGUUCCAUUGCAGGACUCUCGAAGAGCUUAGAGGUAUUGUUAUUAAGAGAAAAUAGAAUAUCAGGCACUAUACCAUGGGAGAUACAUCACCUCAGAAACAUCAAAACUCUUUACAUGGGAAAAUUUUUGCUUAGUGGAAGAAUCCCUGAAUCACUUGGAAAUCUUCGAAACUUGUUUGUCCUAAGCUUAUCCCAGAACAAACUUUCCGGAAGAAUUCCAUUGUCAAUUGGCAAUCUAAGCAUACUGAGUGAGCUAUAUUUACAGGAAAAUAAUUUGAGUGGCCCAAUCCCAGGAGCUCUAGGAGACUGCAAAAAAUUGGUCAUGCUGAACCUCUCUUGUAAUACCUUUGAUGAUAGCAUACCAAAGGAGCUCUUUACUCUUUCCUCCCUUGCAGAAGGUUUGGACUUAUCUCAUAACAAACUCUCAGGAGAAAUACCACUGCAGAUUGGUGGCUUGGCCAAUCUCGGCCCAUUGAAUAUAUCCAAUAACCAGUUGUCUGGACAAAUACCCUCUACUCUUGUUCAGUGCGUCCACUUGGAUUCGCUGCACAUGGAGAGGAACAAUUUUCAUGGGAGAAUCCCUCAAUCUUUCAUGAAUUUGAGAGGCGCCAUUGUGAUGGAUCUAUCGCAAAACAACUUGUCUGGUGAAAUCCCUGACUUCUUCGAGUCCUUUAGUUCUAUGAAGCUUCUAAACUUGUCGCUCAAUAACUUCCAGGGACCAGUGCCACCAGGUGGAAUGUUUCAGAAUGAAAGUGAGGUGUUCUUACAAGGAAACAAGAAGUUAUGUGCCAACACCCCAGUGCUAGAGUUGCCACUUUGCAAUGAAAUGAUAUCCAAAAAAAAGCUGUACACCUCCAAGAUUCUGAAGAUAGUAGCGAUUACUGUUAUUUCUUUGGUUUUGUUAUCAUGCUUUGGAGUCAUUAUCUUUAAGAAUAGAAAGAUCGAACAAGCAACACAUCCAUCUGUCAAGGAGUUAAAGAAGUUCACAUAUGUUGAUUUAGUGAAAGCAACGAAUGAUUUUUCUUUAGCCAACUUGGUUGGUUCCGGAAAAUAUGGGUCUGUACACAAAGGUAAAAUUGAGUUGGAAGAACAUCAUACAGUUGCUAUCAAAGUUUUCAGACUCGAUCAACUUGGAGCAACAAAGAGCUUCCAUGCUGAAUGUGAGGCCCUGAGAAACACUCGUCAUCGCAAUCUUGUAAGGGUGAUCACUGUAUGCUCAACAAGUGACCGGCAGGAAAUGCGUUCAAAGCUCUUGUUCUUGAGUUUAUGGUAA